GUGAAGAAUAAAAUGUCACUUGAAAGAAUACAUGUAAAAAUGGAGAUUGAAGAGGACUUUGUGAAAAAGGAACCUACUGAAGGGUUUUCAGAGGACUUUGAAAAGGAGUUCAAUGUAAAAGAAGUACUCAAGGAUAUUGAUAGGUCAAGAAAGGAAGAUAUAGUUGAGGUAAAAGAUGAGGAAAAAUGUCCAAAUAAGGAUCCCAUGGUCAAGGAGUCAGUAGAAUUCUUAGAAAAGGAGGAUAGUGUAAAGGAAGUACUCAAUGAUAGGUCAAGGGAGCAAGAUAUAGUGGAGGUAAAAGAUGAGGAAAAAUUUCGAAACGAGGAGCCCACAACAGUCACGGAGGUAGUUGAAAAUAUUAAAAAGGAGGAUAGUGUAAAGGAAAUUGAGAGUCCAAGAGAUAUAGAGGCAGAAGAUAAGUGUUCAAAUGAGGAGCCUGAAACAGUAAAAGAGUUAAUAAAGGACAUAAAAGAGGAGGAUGGUGUAAAAGUGGCGCCCUACAAGAAUCCAAGGGAAUUAGAAAAUAAGGAGAAGCGUGCAAAUGAGGAGCGGUGUGUAAAAGAGGAGACAGAAGAGAUUGCAGACUCCUGUGAUUUGUAUGAAGAUGUGCUCCGGGCUUUAAUGGAUCCGGAGAAUGUGGUGAAGGAAGAGAUCGAGCCAGAAUCCGUGCUCCAGGCCAUGAUCGUCUCUGCUGUUCAAGAUUGCUGCAACAGGGCUUGCUCAGUCCGCCUGGAGCGCCUCAUCGUGAACGAGAGGCGGCGCACCUGUCGCGUCGGGCGCCGCGUCUACAAGCUCGGACCAGACUAUACCUCGAGUGUCGGCAACUACCAGUUGCGACAUACCGACCUAUACAAACUACGGACUACUUUCAAGCGAUCUAAACUCAAUUCAAAUACUGCCGUAAAGUAUGAAUGCAAUGACUGCGGCAAGGGAUUCAAUAGUAAGUCAGUCUUAACAAAACAUAUGCACACUCACUCGCGACAUAUACGUAAUUCAGAUGGAAAAUUUGUCUGUGAUUUCUGUGGUUCUUUAUUUGAAAAUAAAUUACUCGUGUUAGAGCAUGAGAAAAAUGAACAUGGCGUCCUCAGUUUCAUGUGUUCGGAAUGUGAGUUUACGACAGAAAACAAGAAGAGUUUGCAAGCACAUUUUAAUAGUCACUCUGUGAAUGGUGUGUUCCACUGUCGGCAAUGUAGCUACAAAACUCCAUAUAUAGGCAGUUUCCGCAGACAUCAAACAAAACACAGUAGCGAGAAACCUUACUCAUGCGAUAAAUGUGAUUUUAAAUGCAAACGGAAAUAUCAUAUGCAACAACAUCAGGACACACACACGAAUGAGAAACUGUAUAGCUGCAACAUGUGUAACUACAAGGGUAAAAGAAAAAGAGACUUACAAAGUCACCAAAUUAUACACACCGGUGAGAAACGGUUUCAGUGUAACGAUUGCGAGUACAAAUCUUUUACAAAGAGUGACUUACGUAAACAUAUUAUGACGCACACUGGAGUGAAGCCUUAUGGAUGUACUCACUGCGACUAUAAGUCUAGUCGCAAGACAUCCUUACGACUUCACCAAAUGAUACACUCCAGCGAUAAGCCUCUCAACUGCAACAAAUGUAGCUACAAGUGUAAAAGGAAAACAGACUUACUAAAACACGAAUUAACACACUUAAAUAAAAAUCCCUUUAAAUGUAGUCACUGUGAUUUCACGUGCAAGCAGAAGACUAAAUUAAAAAUACACGAGAUGAAACACACCGGCGACAAACCAUUCGAAUGUAGCCGUUGUAACUACAAGGGUUACCGGAAACGACACUUACAAAUUCACGAGAGAAAACACAAGAAUGAUAAAGACGUUAAGCCCUUUAAAUGUAGCUACUGCGAUUACGUGACUACUGCAAAAGGUACCAUUCAAUAUCACGAAAUGAGGCACACCGGUGAAAAACCAUUUAAAUGCAAUAUUUGCGACUACAGAUGCAGCAGGAAAGCGGGUAUCAAAGAACAUCAGAAAGUACAUUCAGACGAAAAGCCCUUCAAGUGUACGUAUUGUGCUUAUGCGUGUAAAGUGAAAAAAUCCCUGAAAAUCCACCUAAUGAUACACACGGGUAACAAACCUUAUGAAUGCGACUUUUGCGGUUACAAGGGUGCUUUACGAACAGAUAUGGAUAGACAUCUGCUAGUGCACACCGGAGAGAAACCCUUUCAGUGUAGUUUCUGUGAGUUCAGGUGUACACGCAAAAGUCAUUUGAAAAGUCACGAGAUGAGACACACUGGCGAGAAGCCUUAUCAAUGUGCGCUGUGUGAAUUUAGAUGUCGGCACAUAUCAGGUCUUAAAACUCAUAUCAUGCAACACACGGGAGAGAAACCCUUCCAAUGCGACGAGUGCGGGCACAAAACUCGCCAUAAAAUGGACAUGCUAAUUCAUAUGAGGAUACACCGCGGGGAGAAACCGUACGAAUGUGGCAUAUGUGGCUAUAGGGCGAAAAGGAUGGCAGACGUGAACAUUCAUAUGAAGACACACAAUAAAUAUAAUAUGGAAGAGGAUCCCUUAGACUUAGAAGGUUUAGAGUAACAAAGAGUUACAGUCAUUUUAACCUUUUGAACGCCAAACCCAUCCAUUUGCCGUGCCACUGACGCCACGGGGGUAAAAUUUAGUUUUGAUAAUAAAUAAUGCCAACCUAAAAGUGGGGUGUUUUUCAAUAGAUUUUCAUCAAAAAACGAUCGACGUCAAAUGCCGUCUUUGGCGUCGUUGUCACGAUUUUGCGUUGACGUCAAUUGCCGUCUGUGGCGUUGAAAAGGUUAAAAUAAGUAAUUGUAUUUUUAUUAUUAAUUGAUAAAAUGAUAAAUUAAUGUUGAAUUAAAGGCAUAACAAAGGCAAGAAACUAUGUUCCUUUUUAACAUUUUUUUACGUACAUUAA